AAGAAGAAGAAGAAGAAGCAGAAGCAGCAGCAGCAGAAGCAGAAAAAGAAAAAACAGUAGCAGUAGUAUUUGGUGUGCUCACCAAACUUCAUUGUGGUAUUUAUUUAUCGACUGCGUUAAAGGUUUCUGUAUGGAUUCUCCACGACAAUAUAGGCAGGACAACCAUAAUCAAGAGCCAAAGCGCAUCCAGAGCCACUCAAAUGCUCCUCAGAAGAAUGCCUAUGCCAAGCUUGUCAGCCAACAUAACAGCAGCAAGUUCAGGUCAUAUCUUGAUCAUUAUGUAAAGGAAUUGUCAAUUCAGAUUGAAGAAAAUAGGCAUAGCACCUUGCCUAAAGACCAGUGUGACAAACUAGACAUACCAGAGCGCAAAAGGGACAAAAUUCCCCAUGAAUUCUCUGAUUCAAGUGGUUUCUCCCCCUCUUCAUUCAAAAGUAAAGGAGAUGAGAGCUCCUUGUCUUUGUACAUGGAGAAGCUAAGCACACGCAGUGCACAUCAAGAUUGUGACAGGAAGCCAGGUGUGUCUGACAAGUCGCACCGGGGACAAAGGAGGGACACUGCCACCAGCCACGAUGGCGAUAUUGAGUCUGGUGAAGAGCUUGUCUCUCUAAAACCAGAUGACUUAAAAAAGCGCCAUAAACAGCAGAAGAAAAACAAAGACUCUGAUAGAGAACUCUCAUCAAAGGAUGUUGAAUCGUGUGUUGGAUGUCCCAAGUCCCCAAGGAAAGUAAAAACAAGCACACAGGAACAAGAGAUGAAGAAAUCAAAGAAAAAGACUCAACCAAAGCAUUCUGUGGAGGAAAAAAAUGGGGAUGGAGCAUCGGGAGUUGACAGUCUGGUGAUACAGCCCAAGUACCUGCAUGUGAAAGACAAAACUCUACAGCAGCCCAAAGCCUCAAGUACCAAGUCUCCUGCCAGCAAAGGAGGACGAAAGUCAAAGAAACAAGUGUUUGAAUCAUACAUGUCCUUUGAGGAUGUUUCCCAUGGCCUUAAACGAGGGGAACUCAUUCAGGGAGCAUUAAGAAUCAACCCAAAGAAAUACCAUGAAGCAUUUGUCCCAUCUCCUGAUGACACUUGGGAUAUAUUUCUGGAUGGAAUUGUAGUGCGUAACAGGGCAUUGAAUGGAGAUAUUGUGGUCGUACAAGUCUUCCCUCGAGAGCAGUGGAAGGUUGUGAGAACCGAUACUGACUGUGAGGGUGCCAGUGAGGCAGAUACUCGGCAAGACAGCAUGGCCCAAACAGUACAGAAGAAAAUGGAAUGUCCUAAAAUGCCUGAUGUCAUUGUGGAAGAGCAAUACAGUGACCAAGAUGAGGUCAUCAGUAAAAAUAAGACUGUAACCUUCGCUAUCACAGAAAGGAUGGCAGUAGAAGAACCUGUGUUGGACUCCUCAAUGGUACAGUCCAAUGGAGAAAAACUCCAAAUGACUGCUAAAGUUGUGUACAUUGUUGAAAAGAAGCAUUCAAGAGCUGUGACAGGCUACCUCAAAUUUCUACCAGAUAAACCCUUUGCCAUGUUUUCUCCUGUGGACCACCGGGUCCCUCGAAUUAAUGUUCCCCUGGGUGAGUGUCCCGCUGACUUUGCUUCCCGCCCAGGUGACUACACCAACACCUUGUUCAUCUGUCGUAUCACUAACUGGGCAGCUGACAACAACUUUGCAGAAGGCCGGCUUGCUAAGACCCUAGGUCAAGCUGGAGAAAUUGAGCCGGAGACAGAGGGUAUCCUGAUAGAGUACGACAUUGAUUUCUCUAAAUUCUCAGAUGAAGUGUUACAGUGUCUACCCAAAAAUCUGCCAUGGAGUAUUCCUGCUGAAGAAAUGAACAGAAGAAGAGACUUGAGGAAAGAGUGUAUCUUCACAAUUGAUCCUGCUACUGCCAGAGACCUGGAUGAUGCACUGUCUUGUAAACUGCUUCCAGAAGGUAAUUUUGAGGUUGGUGUCCAUAUUGCUGAUGUGAGUUAUUUCGUGGAGGAAGGCAGCGCCUUAGAUGUCAUUGCAAGCCAAAGAGCUACCAGUGUGUACCUGGUUAAUAAGGUGAUCCCCAUGUUGCCGCAGCUGCUGUGUGAGGAGCUGUGCAGUCUAAACCCUCUUGUUGACAGACUCACCUUCUCUGUCAUCUGGAAACUCACACCUCAAGGGAAGAUUCUGAGUGAGUGGUUCGGUCGCACAGUAAUCCGCUCUUGCGUGAAGCUGACUUAUGACCAAGUGCAGAGCAUGAUUCAGUCUCCUGAAAAAAUGUUUUCUGCUGAAGAGCUACCACCUGUGGACCCCAAGCACCCUAUUGAUGAGAUCCACCAGGCUGUGCUCAACUUACACUCUAUUGCCAAACAUCUCAGAGAUCAACGCUUCACAGGAGGAGCCCUGAGACUGGAUCAGUUGAAACUGGCUUUCACUCUGGACAAAGAGACCAUGAUGCCUCAGGGUUGCUAUAUAUAUCAGUACAAAGACAGUAACAAGUUGGUGGAGGAGUUUAUGCUACUGGCUAACAUGGCUACUGCCCACCAAAUCUACCGCAUCUUCCCUGAGCACGCAAUGCUUCGACGCCAUCCUCCACCAAAGGCCAAGAUGGUGGAUGAGCUGCAAGAAUUGUGUGACCAGUUGGGCCUUGACAUCGAUUUGUCCUCUGCAGGAGCGUUGCACCACAGCCUCAAUGCCAGUCUCGGUAAUGAUGAGUAUUCCAGUGCCAGAAAAGAAGUCCUCAUGCACAUGUGCUCAAGACCCAUGCAGAUGGCAAUGUACUUCUGUUCAGGUAUAAUAAAGGAUGAGCAGUUAUUUAAGCACUACGCCCUCAAUGUUCCUCUCUACACACACUUUACAUCACCCAUCAGACGUUAUGCUGAUGUCAUUGUGCAUCGACUGCUGGCUUCUUCACUGAAUUGUGGGCAUCAUUUAGGCCUGACUUCAGAGGAAAUCCAGAAACAAGCCUCUUGCUGCAAUGACAAAAAGACUGCGUCGAAGAGAGUCCAGGAGCUCAGCUCUGAGCUGUUCUUUGCAGUGUUUGUGAAGGAAUGUGGCCCUCUGGAUUCUGAGGCCAUGGUGAUUGGCGUGUUGGAUCAGUCGAUUGAUGUCUUGGUUCUCCGUUAUGGAAUACAGAAGCGCAUUUACUGCAAGUCUGUUUCGGGCUUGGCGUCUUUCCAUCAUCGUAAGGUGGGGAAGAAAAUGGAGAUGAGUCUAGUUUGGGCACCAGAUGACCCAGAAAUGCCUCCCACAGAGCAGGUAAUUUCGAUCUUCACCUUAUUGGAGGUGCAGCUCCAAGCGGACAGCGUGCCCAUGAAGUACAGCGCAGCUCUGAAGAGGCCAGUCGAGAAUGUGUCAUAAACACUUUGAUGUGUUGUAGGACACACAAAUACAUAUGAACAUUGGACUGACAUAUUUUCUUUUAUUGGUUGGUAGAAUUGGAAGCUUAAUGUUGCCGUUGCAGUGAAUCGAAA